CGGCGCGGCCAAAUGUCAAUAUAGUCUCUCUUGGAACUGCGCUGAGAACGCGCGCGUAAACAAUCGAGAUUCGAACACGAAUCGAAAUAAUCGAACACGAAAAAAAAACACCGAACAAUAACCUAACUUUUCAACUAUUACUCUGUGAUAAAGUGAACCAGCUUUUAACUUAGAAUCGAUUUGAAAUUCUAAAUCGAUUGUUUCCAGUGCAGUUGACAUUUCGUAUAUACAUAUUUUUAGAUAAUUACUAGGAAAAGGUGAAGCCGAGUGAAUGUGGUUCCAUCGUAAUCGGCAUUGUAUCGAUGAUUAAAUAGUGGGAAUUAUUUUUUCGAUGCAAUUGUUCGAUUGACAAUUUCCUCUAGUAAUUAGUCGUUAUCGAUUGUUUCUCGAUAAGUGAGUAAUGUUAGUUUGAGGGACUGUGUGUGUGUAUCAUGGCUUGUAAUCGUAUUUUGUUGGUGUGUGCUUCCUUGCUAUGGUUGCAGUUUGCUGAAGUUAAUGCACAGGAUGAUUUGAAACCCAGAGUGCCGUUGACGAGGUUCACAUGUUUUGGCCGAGGGGCAGGAUACUAUGCUGAUGUGGAUACUGGCUGCCAGGUGUACCACAUGUGUGACGGGCUGGGUCGUCAGUUCAGCUACAAGUGCCCGAACAUGACGCUGUUCCAGCAACGCAUGCUGAUCUGCGACCACUGGUACAUGGUCAACUGCUCCAUGUCCGAGAGAGACUACAAUGCUAACCUGCUUAUAGGUCAACGCGACAAGCCCUUCGUGUCAGACGAGGAGAUGCGCCUGCGCACGCCCCGACCGGACAUCCUGUCAGCACCGCCAUACAAUCCCUAUUAUGACAUCUUGAGGGAGGCUGAGACUAAGUUCCCGGUUCACCCAAGCAACAGCAUCGUGGGUGUAGCUGACACCAUCUCUGACAUUGACAACAAUGACCUGGACAGCGGCAAGCAGAAUUACAGGCCUCCAAGCUCCUGGUCCACAGGAACGGGACGCAAGUUCCGGAAUAAGCCCAGGGCAAACACCCUCAGCAUCUCCAACAGACAGUCUGAUGGCCUCGACGAAGCUGCCUCACAAGAACCUGACGCAGAGUACAGACCAACACCCAGCACUAACUUCUCACAGACCAAAUCAGUACCAUCUGUUACCCCGCCCUCAAUCGAACUGAUCCCACCUGCAGCUCCCACAAAGGAAACUAACGUAGAAGAUUCCAAUGUUCAACCUACUGCUGAUUCCGUCUUCAAGUUCAUCAAACGAUUCGACCCCACAUCUCCUGAUGUACAACACCAAACUGCGAUGUCGAAAUCCGAGAUAUUAGACUUAAAUAAACAACUGCCAGAUGGGCCAGCUACCUCAGAAGAAGAAAGAACUCCCAGAAAAAAUAAGAACUUCGGCAACAAUUUAAAUACCUUCCAAACCGAAAACGACAAGUCAUUCUCUGCUAGUCCGAAAUUCGACUCGGUCAAUGUUAAGCCUACUGUAGCUCCUCAAGAAGAAGCACCUAAAGGUGGAAAUAACAAUGGUAUUCCAGAACCUGAGAGAGAACUCCAGCCUCCAAAGGUUGACCCUCAGACGCUUCCAUCAACAACCGUAGGCCCACCGAUCUACUAUGAAUGGAAAUGGGCAGUCCCUGCCUUCGAUCUGGUACCUCCAAAAGAAGACAACAGGACUAACAGUAUAAAUGUGCAGCAGACGAGGUCGAUCCAACAGGGAAAGAGUCCAUUCAGCAGCGUGACGAGACCUGAGCCAAAGACGACUACUCCUGAACCAAGCAACACGGAGUACAACAUCAGCUCUUACUUCGUUCCUGAUUACGUGUUUCCUUUAGAUAAGCCGCACCCAGGAUACGAGAGUGAUGAUGCUGAGACGUCAUUUCAAGUGAGGGUGGCGAGGCCUGGGAGACAGAGCUAUGGGGAGAACCCCAAAUGUCCUCAGUGCCACCCUGCGUACCUCAAAGAAGGAACUUGUGAACCUUGCAUUGUAAAGCGGUAACAAAUUGAACAUAGUCGUAAUUUUAAGUCCGUUACAUUGUCACCGAAGAAAUAUAGAUAAUAAUAACCACGUUGCUUGUUUUUGUAUUGUUGUUUCGUUGCCUGCAAUAUGGAUGAAGUCUUUGUAAUAUUUUUAUUUCUUCAUAAACAGUUAAGUAAGUUAUUAACGCUGUUAUAUUUUAGUUUUAAAAGCCAUAAUUGUAUAGUAAUAUUCGAUGCCUUGCUUGAUGAUUGUGUCCAAGACCUGCCCUCGAAAGCAUCAAACAUUUCUUCUGCAUUAAGUACCUACACAGAGUGUAAGUGACACCUAAAAAUUAAAUAACAUUGUUGAAAAGAAACCUAAGUACUGAAUUAAAUACGUAAC